GUCAGGGCCUCCAGGGGCCAGGGCCGGUCCCCCAGCAGGACUGGUACUCUGGACCUGUCCCGGGUCAUGCUGCUCGUGUACGUGCUGGCAGCCCUGGAGCUCGCCUGCCUCUUCAUGCAGUUCUCAGUCAUGCCACCAGGUACCUUGCUGUCCUCAUCAUAACAUGGGUGACGGCCAUCCCUCCCUUGGAGAGUUGGCGCUGGGGCAAUGAGAGAACAGUUGAAAUCCUUAGCACGCGGGGCACAGAGCAGCUGCUGCUGCCACCUCUCUCCCAAGAGAGGCAUGUGUUUGUUCAACCAAUGCUCGCAGGUACUCUGAGCACCUGGUCUCAGAACUCUGAAUACCGCAGACUGCAAAGUGCACCCCUGCCGCUGGUGGUCCUGGGCGUUGGUGACACCCACCGGCAGUAAACAGUGCAUAGUUAGACUGUGCUGCAAGAAGGGCACUGGGGGUGCCGAGGAAUGUGGCAGGUUCGGGGUCAGCAGGGCCUCCCUGAGAAGGCGACCCUGAGCGAAGCCUUAAAAGAGACACGGGAGUGAGCUAGCCAGUGCAAAGGCCGUGGGGCAGUAGUGGGACAAGUGCUGGAGAGGGGAGAAGGAGCUGAGCCCAGGAGCUGCUGAUGGAUGGGAUACAGGUGUGCGAGAAACGGGGGGCUCAGGGAUGACACUGCGGAUUUGGACCUGAGCCCUUGGAAGGGUGGAAGCAUCAACGGUGGAGCAGAGGAGCUGGUCUUGGAGGGAGACCGGGAGUCAGUUCUGGACGUGCUGAGCUCCAGUACCUGUCCCGGAGGCUGGGCCUGGACUCUGCUGCCUUCGGCUACCAGCAGACCAUCUUUGGCGUGCUUCAGCUGUUGGGCGGGCCCGUGUUUGGCAGGUUCGCAGACCAGCGCGGGGCGCGGGCAGCGUUCACGCUCUCCUUCCUGGCGUCCUCAGCGCUCUACCUGCUCCUGGCUGCCGCCUGCAGCCCGGCCCUGCCCGGCGUGCCCUUACUCUUUGCCUCGCGCCUGCCCGGCGCCCUCAUGCACACGCUGCCAGGUAGGGCCAGCCGCCCAGAUGGCCAUCACGGACCUGUCUGCGCCUGAGGAGCGGCCCGCGGCCCUGGGCCGGUUGGGUCUGUGCUUCGGCGUUGGCGUCAUCUUCGGCUCCCUGCUCGGCGGGACCCUGAGCAGCACGUGCGGGAUUCAGUGUCCGGUCAUCGUGGCUCUUGUGGUCAGCCUCCUGGGAGCCGUCCUCAGCCUCACCUGCCUCCCCACCAGCACCAAAGGGGCCAGCGCCCGUGCCCAGUCUGCCCUGCCAGGGAAACCCAAGGCCAGCGUGUUUGACCUGAAGGCCAUCACCUGCCUGCUGCUGCAGCCUGGCGUCCUGCCGGUGUUCCUGGUCAAGGUCAUCUGCGGCUUUCCCUCAGGGCUCUUCAUGGUCAUGUUCUCCCUCAUCUCCAUGGACUUCUUUCAGCUGGAGGCCGCCCAGGCCGGCUACCUCAUGUCCUUCUUCGGGGUCCUCCAGAUGGUCUUCCAGGGCCUGGUCAUCGGGCGGCUUAGCAGCCGCUUCUCCGAGGGAGCCCUGCUCCGGGCCAGCGUGCUGGCGUUCAGCGUGGUGGGACUGGCCAUGGGGCUUCACAGUGCUGUUCAGGAGAAAAUUCAUGGCAGGAAUGGUUUCUUCUCUGGACCCAGCACCCAGGCUCCUGCAGGCCUCCCAGCAGAGGGACAGCCCCUCCCCAGUCUGACCCCUGCCACCCGGUUAGGAGGCCUGUGAUGGUGCCCCCCCCCCCAUCAAGGGCCGUGCUGCGCAGCAUGCGGGAUCUUAGUUCCCCAACCAGGGAUCGAACCUGUGCCCCCUGCAGCGGAAGCACGGAGUCUCGACCACUGGACCGCCAGGGAAGUCCCUGUCAUGUGUAUUGUAAUCAAGUUCUUUACUACUUUAAACAUUUACCCUAAUAGUUACCAACUGUUGACAUAAAAAGUAAAAACUGGCUGAAAUGAUUUCAAAGCUCUAUUUCAAAGUUCUGAGCGCUCCUCUCUCGCGACCCCACCUCAGGUCCACUCUUGAUGCGGUUAAGUGACCUUUGAUCCUUUUUACUGGGUUGGCCAAAGUGUUCGUUUUUUUCCGUGAGAUGGCUCUGAUAGCGCUCAGUUGUCUUUAACUGUAUUCAAAACAAUUUUGUUAGGUUGUAUUGUGACAGCUAUCAUAUCAGCGUGCAUUUAAAAAACUUAUCAAAAUUGGUGAAUUUUUCUGUAGCCAUUUUAAUACGGAAGAUGGAAGAAAAACAACAUUUUCGGCAUAUUAUGCUUUAUUAUUUCAAGAAAGGUAAAAACGCAACUGAAAGGCAUAAAAUGAUUUGUGCAGUGUAUGGAGACGGUGCUGUGACUGAUCGAACGUGUCAAAAGUGGUCUGUGAAGUUUCGUGCUGGAGAUUUCUCACUGGACGAUGCUCCACGGUCAGGUAGACCCGUUGAAGUGGAGAGCGAUCAAAUCGAGACAUUAAUUUAGAACAAAUCAAUGUUACACCACGCGGGAGAUAGCCGACAUACUCAAAAUACGCCGACAUACUCAAAAUACCCAAAUCAAGCGCUGAAAAUCAUUUGCACCAGCUUGGUUAUGUGAAUCGCUUUGAUGUUCGGGUUCCACAUAAGUUAAGCGAAGAAAACCUUGACCGUAUUUCCGCAUGCAAUUCUCUACAUAAACGUAAUGAAAACGUUCCGUUUUUAAAACAAGUUGUGAUGGGCGAUGAAAAGUGGAUACUGUACGAUAACGUGGAACGGAAGAGAUCGUGGGGCAGGCGAAAUGAACCACCACCAACCACACCGAAGGCCGGUCUUCAUCCAAAGAAGGUGAUGUUGUGUAUAGGGUGGGAUUGGAAGGGAGUCCUGUAUUAUGAGCUCCUUGCAGAACGCCAAACGAUUAAUUCCAACAGAUACUGCUCUCAAUUGAUGAGAAGUGUCCAAGAAGUUCUGAUUCAUCCGCUUUAUUCACCAGACAUUGCACCUUCGGAUUUCCAUUUAUUUCGGUCUUUACAAAAUUCCCUUAAUGGAAAAAAAUUUCAAUUCAUUAGAAGACUGUAAAAGGCACCUGGAAUAGAUAAAAAGUUUGGGGAAGAUGGAAUUAUGAAGUUGCCUGAAAAACGGCAGAAGGUAAAUGGAACGAAAGGGUGAAUAUGUUGUUCAAUAAAGUUCUUGGUGAAAAUGAAAAAUGUGUUUUUACUUAAAAACCAAAAGAACUUUUUGGCCAACCCAAUAAAAAAUGCAUUGGCGUUUCCUCAAAAAAAUUAAGAAUAGCAUUAUCAUGUGAUCCAGCAAUUCCACUUCCAGGUCUGUCCCCAAAAGAAGCGAGCAGAGACUUGAGAUGGUUGCACACCCGUGUUCACAGCAGCCAAAGGCGGAAGCACGUGCCCGUCCGUGGACGAACGGAUACACAAAACGUGGUCCAUGUACACAAUGGAGUAUUACUCAGCCUUAAAAAGGAAGGAAAUCGUGACGCAGGCUACAAUGUGGAUGAGCCUUGGGGACAUUUCACAUCAGUGAAAUAAGCCAGACAUAGAAGGACAAGUUCUGUCUGAUUCCACUCACACGAGGUCCCUGGAGUCGUCAAAUCCAUAGAGACAGGA